UAUCUCCGCAGUUUUGUUGAUCUUUUUUAAAAAUAUCUUUGUAUGGAAUUGUCAUGCCCAAACAGUUGUUGGCAAAACCUUAGAUAGCAAUGAAAUGCAAUAGGAAUGGAGUUUUAAGUUUUUAACCAUUAUUUCGAAUCUUUUGUGGUGAACUGUGUUUUCAUUAUUUAUUAAAUCAUUAAUUAGAAUAAACAUAAAUACAAGAAAUAUUGCAUAGACAAUAUUUCAUUAGAAAUAUAUAAUCAGAACACAAGUUUUGAUACACAUCACAAGUUUAUUUCUCCCAAAUCACUCAAAGAAACGGUGACAACUGAUGCGGAACACAGUUUGAAAAACCCCGACUUACCUUACAAAUAAGUUUAAGUUAGACAAUCAAUUAUGGCAGUAAGGAGCAUCCGUAUAUAUUUAAAACCAAUCGUCAAUAGACCGCUUCAGCUGAGGGUUAAUCUCGUAACUCUCAACUGUUAAUAAAUUUACGAAAGCAAUAUUUUUGUUAAGAACAAUAUUUACACAAUGCAAAUGUCAAAUAAGCCCUAAUCAAAAAUAACAUAUGUAUAUAUAUUAAACACGACGAAAACUUAUUAAAUAUUGUUAAUGAUAAAGGACGACACCAUGCUUCUAAAGAAAGGUAACUCUAGCACUAUUUCAGUCCAGCUUUGGACAAGACUGGUUUGGCCUGCGUGUGCGUGCGGGACCAACUUGGAUAUGCAGAUGCCAUCUGACAAGUGGCUUACUGUUUGUUGUUCCUGAAGGUCACCUUCUUUCCUUCUCUUUGCAGAUAGUUGAAGUCAUUGAAAAAGUAACGUUUUCUUCAAUGUUUUAAGUUAUUCGUUUCUCUGGUAAAUACCCCUGAACACUUAUCGUUUUGGAUUUUUAUUGCAUUUCUUCAUUCUUGAAUUGAAAUUAUGAUUGAUUGAUCCCAGCAUACUAACUUGUCUUAACGAUGCUGAUUGAUUGAUUGCAUUAUCGUAUCUGUCAGUAUUUGUGAUUUAAGUUUUGAAGUUAAAGAGGGGUAGAAUAAAAAGAAAAGAGGAAAUCAUAAAACCAACGUUUCAGGUGCUAAGUUCUUGUCUAUGGAAUAUAGAUAUUCAGGCGCAUUCAAAACAGACAUUGUAUAUGGCUUCUUGCACCUAUUAGCUAAUCUUGUUAUACCAAUUGACCAUAUUACAUAGGAAAUAUUAACAAAACUUUGUAAUAGUGUAAUGACUAUUACAUAAAUAGAAUGUCUAUUUUACUAUUUCGAUAGUCAGGUCAGCUGACUCCUUCCAAACACGGACUUGAUUUUUUCAUGUUUUUUUUUCUUUGAAUUUUAAUUCUGUUUAUAGCCAGCAGUGACUACUUCAGUUAGUGGCAAUUUUUAUCUUAAUAUAAUUUAUUUUUGGGAGAUUGAGAGAAAGAUAGUAAAUAAGUGUGCUUGACUUGAAGAUAAAGAUGGGGAAUACAACAUCUGGUAAACGACACAAUUCUGGGGACGAUGCCGGACCUACGAUAACAGCAAACCGACUAGGGGAUAUUUCUCUCGAAGAUGACUUCGCACCAAGCCUCUUCAAGACAUCAAGACCUAGUCGAGAUUUGCCACUCGAUACAUAUCAGCGUCCACGGUCAAAUACAGUUACACAUAGUCCAACACUGGUGGAAAAAUGUUUGCCAACAGUUUUCAGAUGGGAGGGAGCAGCAAAAGAAGUCUGCUUGUCAGGGAGCUUCAACAACUGGAAAAAUACAAUACCCUUAGCUAAAAGCACUGUACGACUAACAGACAGAGGCAGACAGAGACACGAUUCUGAUGGUAAUGGUGAUUUCUUCACAAUUUUGAAUCUUCCUGAGGGAGAACACCAAUACAAAUUCUAUGUGGAUGGUCAAUGGAUGCAUGAUCAGAAUGAGCCGACAGUUCCAAACGCAAUGGGGACAUUGAAUAAUGUGGUAGUUGUUAACAAAAGUGAUUUUGAAGUAUUUGAAGCCCUGGCAAUUGACAGUGAAAAUUCUGGUAAUAAAAGAAAAAGUGAUUAUGGUCAAGAAAUACCUCCACGGCGGUCAGAUAAAAUAGCUGGUCCACCUUUCAUUCCUCCUCAUUUACUGCAAGUAAUUUUGAAUAAAGAUACUCCUGCCCAUUGUGAACCAAUACUUUUACCUGAGCCCAACCAUGUUAUGCUAAAUCAUUUGUACGCUUUAUCAAUUAAGGAUGGUGUAAUGGUUCUUAGCACUACCCACCGGUUUCGUAAGAAGUAUGUGACUACAUUGCUGUACAAGCCAAUCUAAGAAUGCGUGUGCAUAUGUACAUAGACUUGCUUUGUGUGUGUGCAUGUAUAUAUGGAAACUAUAUAUAUAUAUAUAUAUAUAUAUAUAUAUAUAAAAAAAGAAAACAUUUAGGUAUAAGUGUAUACUUAAUAUUUAAACUGAUUUCACUGUGACUGACAAAAUCACCAAAGAAACUCGAACUUUGUUUUGCCUAAUGCAAUCAUUAAGUAUACAUUUGUAUAGUUGUCUGUUUUUUGACAGUUAUCCUAUACAAUAAUGGUAAUUUGUCAAUUGAAAAAUUUAAUUAAAAGUUUACCUUUUUCUAAUGUAUAAAAAAAUACUUUCAAGUCCAUCAGUAGAAAACAAAAGCAUCAGGUUUUGGUUUACACAAGUGAUAUUUUCCCAUUAUUGCUUAUGAAAUGGUCAUAGUUUAUCAGUUCUUUUAAGGCCAUUACUCUUAGCUAAUAACAAAUAUUUUAGUAUAUACAUUGCUGGUACUCAUUGUUAACAUUUAUAUAAUCAUUUUUUAUGAGUAUAAUUUUACAUAGGAUUUUAUUUAUUUUUGAAAAUUCAGUGAAUUUCAAAAUUAUUUGUAGUGUAAAAGAUGAAUGAAAAACGAUGGCUAGGAAUGAAAUAGUGAAAAACCAAAGAAAAAAAGAAAGUGGGUAUUUAAUUGGUCCCAAUUCAUGGGAUAUAUACACACACACACAUACAAGUUUUAAAGUAGUUUAGCAGUUAAGUGACCAGCUCUUGUGAAUUAUGGAAAAUAGUUUAUCUGUGAAAACAAAUUCAGAUUAAUGAGACAACAAUGGUAUAUGUAUGACAUGACUAAUUUCUCAACUAAUCUCAACCACAGUCUUGCUUUGUUUUUUUUAAUCCUCUAGACUUGCCUCUUAGAGAAUUUUACCAUUGCAUAAACUCUUACUCAGGCAUAUUUGUGUUAAAAUCUACUGAUCUUCCUCCCUCUCCAAAUAGUGAAAUUGAAGUAUCUUCUUACCUGCUUGUCUUUUCAAAUCUUUUGACUGGAGAUCUAAUGUAAAUAUCUUUUCCCAUUCUUCUAUAAUAAUUUUAACUAAAGUUACUCCACCUCUCUUUAUGAAACAUUCAUUAUGUAAAAUUCAUUUAUAUAUUUCACAAACUGGAUAUUUGCAUUUAAACUCAAUGCAAGAUUUUGAUGUUGUGAACUACUUUCAUCAAACAUUAACAUGAUGUAGAUAUGCAUGGCUAUGUGGUGAAGAAGUUUGCUUUGCAAACCACAUAGCUUUGGGUUCAAUCCGACUGUGCAACACCUUGGGCAAGUGUCAUCUACCAUAGCUCAGAUUGACCAAAUAUGUGUAUGUGUAAAUGAAUAUUUGUGUAUGUAUGUUGGGCAUGUAUGUGUUUGUGUCUCUCUCUCAUCAGUUUGUAUAGAUAUAUAUAUCUGUGUGUGUGUGUGUGUGUGUCUGCGUGUGUGUGUAUAUAUAUAUGUAUAGGCGAGAAAUCUGUAAAACAGGUGCUUUAUGAACAAUGUCCCUUGAGAUAUUUGUUCUGCAUCAAGUUAGACACUCUCUUGUCACUCAUUAUCAGAAAUGCAAUGAACAGUGAUUGGCCCAUUAGAAACUUGUUAAUCAAUGAGACUAUUGUUCACAAAUUGCUACAUAAAAUAAAUUCAAACAAAUAAUUAUCAUGCUGCUUGCUCUCUUUCCCUUCUCCUUAUUCCCCUGCCCCCACCUACUUUUUCAUUCAAAUAAAAUAGUGAAUUUGUUUUUUCAUUCUCUGACUAGAGAGAUGCUCAUCAUUUUAAAUAUUGUUUUUAAUUUUCUUUUUUCUUUUCUAUGAUAAACCCAUUGAAAUACUUUAGUCUUAUCAUAAAGUGCCUUUUCUUCCCUGGACCCUCCCCCCACCUUCCCAAAAAAAUGGAUGAAACUUUUUCAUUGGACUCUUGGGCCUAAUGAUAGCAUUAAUAUGAGUGUUUCAAUGAAAUGUUUUAAUUAAAAACACCGUUAACUUUUAUCUGCUCUCUCCCUUUUCUCCUUCCCAGUUUGUUGUAAUUAAAACCUCGUUGUUUUCUCCAUUCAAA